AUGUUCUCCUUUGUUGUAGCGAGGCCCCUGCCGCCGGGGGGCGGGGAAGGCGCGCCCGCCUCGGCGGGGCCUGGGAGACGACGCCGGGGGGCUGCCGUGGGGAAGGCGCGGAAGGAGGUCGCCGCCCCCGCCCCGCAAGGGAAGCCGAAGUCAGGGCGGGUGUGGAAGGACCCUCGCAAGAGGAAGCGGUUUUCUCAUAUGAUUCAGGACAAGCCUUUGCAUUCCUCUUGGGAGCGCAAGAUGAAGGAACGUCAGGAGAAGAAAGCAGUCAAAGAUUUUGCCCGGCAUCUGGAGGAACAAAAGCAGAGACAGCGCGAGGAGAAAAAACAGCGACGAGAAGAGAACUUAAGACGACGACUGGAGAAUGAGAGGAAAGCAGAGAUUGUGCAAGUGAUUCGGAAUCCACUGAAACUGAAGCGUGCAAAGAAGAAGCAGUUGCGCCGCAUUGAGAAGCGGGACACGCUGUCUUUGCUGCAGAAACACCAGGCACAACGAAAAGCAGCCAAGGAAUGAGGGGGAAUGAUUUAUGAAAAAAUAACUUCCUGGGGCAGAUAGGACUGGACACUAGCCUCAGUUCACUGGGGAGCUAGGAGGCACGGCUUCUCUUGCCACUGAACCUCAGAUUCUUACCAAGAAGCCUACAUUGCAUCCUUUGCUGAAGCCUCUUUCGUUUUUCUUGGCAUUGGAGAGGCAGACUGCCACUGACUGACUUUCCGGGAGCUAAAUAUAAUCUCUGAAUCUGAGCAAAGCCUUAUAGUGUUUGUCUGUAGACUUGAACUUUCAGACUGCAAAGUUGUAACUGAAAGAUCCUAAAUAACAUGGUGGUGAUUUGCAAAAAUGUUCUUCGCCAGGGUAGAAUAAAAAGGGGCAGUC